AUGCUGCAGCCACUCGCCUCCCCAGAGCAGGCCAAAGAGACACCAUCUAUGACAGAUGGUUUGCCAAGGGAGCUCGAGGAAGAUCUGCGUGCCUAUGGAUGUAAACUCAUACAGCAAGCCGGUUUACUGCUCAAACAGAAGCAGGUUGCUAUAGCCACAGCCCAAGUACUAUUCCAACGUUUCUGGUAUGUUUCUUCGAUGAAACACUUCAGCAUUGGGGACAUUGGUAUGGGCGCGCUGUACUUGGCUUCAAAGUUGGAGGAAUGCCCCAUUCGUAUGAGGGAUCUUAUCAAUGUUUACGAUCUCUUAUUGUCUCGGGCGCGGCAUCAAUACCCUCCACUCUCGGGUUCGCCCUCAAAGCAUUCAUCGACGAAUACAACACCCCAUGAACAAGACGCCACCUUCAAGUAUACGCCCAUGUCGUAUUUCUCACAGACGUUUUAUGAGCUUAAGGACGCCCUCGUGGUGGGCGAGAUGCAGAUAUUGAAGCGACUCGGCUUCAAUGUGCGAGUCCAGCUACCAUAUGGGACUAUGAUAAAUUAUCUCCAAGUGCUAGGCCUAGCGGGCCACGAAAAAGUGCCACAGACUUGUUGGAACCACUUGAACGAUGCCUUGCAAACACCUGUCUAUGCACUAUUCCCCUUUCCUACGCUGGCAUGUGCCAGCAUACUCAUCACAACACGCAUUCAGGGAAUACCCUUGCCAGAUGGCUGGUAUGAACUGUUCGAUGUGGAACAUGAGGACAUGCUCGCUGUCGCCGACCAGGUCCUACGACUCUAUCGGGAACGAAGUGAGGAGGAUAAAAGAAGAUGGACACUGCUUGGUAUAGGAGGGAAAAAGGCAGUGCGUAAAUGGCUUGAUGAAACCGGAACUUCCGAUGGGUCAUGA